AACCGGCCAUUGGUCAGAAGUUUAAAGGCAUCCAAACUUGUUCUUUCAAACAAAUCCCUUGAUUCUGGCACUUUCAUAUCAAACAGUCCCUAAGACAAAAAGGAAGAUCUCUUCACAUUUGGUUUUGCAGCAUCCAUUGCAUAAUGUCCUUUCGAGUAACAACCUCAAAGCCACCUCUUCUGUAAUUCAAACUUGAAGCAUCAGGUAUGCAGAUGUGCAAAUGCCUGUACUGGGUCAUAGUUCCAGAGGGCUUUGUUGGCCGCAUCAUCUUUGCAAUGGUAGGAAACGAUUUAGGCCACAUGCUUGUUGAUGAGGUUCAAGUUCGCACUUGUCCUAUGCCGAGGUUUCUUCUCAAGGGCAGCAUGGAUCUGAGCCAAUGGUUUCAUCUUGUCCAGUCAUCGCAAUAUCCAGUUACCAAUACUUCUCCCAACUUCCAAAUCUCUCUGCUGUAUGUUCUUGUGAACCUUGACUGCUACAUCAAAUACAGCAUGUGUUCUGCUGGCAAAGAGUAAAAAUAAACCAAUCAAAAUAAAAGUAACUCACAACU